AUGAACUCAAGCUGCGUUAGACAUGCAAGGGAUCCAACAGGAGGACUCCAUCAGUGUGAUACAUGUGGCCAAAACUUCAAAGAAAAUGCAGACCUAAUUAACCAUCGGAAAGUUCAUAAAGGAAAGAAACUCUAUAAAGCUAAAUCAUGUGGAAAAGUAUUUAGGCAAAGUCCAAUUCUUAGUGAACCUCAGAGUAUUCAUAUUGGCCAGAAAUCAUAUAAAAGUAAUGAAUCUGCAAAAACCUUCAGCCCGAGCUCUACUGGUAUUAAAUGCCAGAGAAUUCACACUGGGCAGAAAUCCUAUGAAUGUAAUGAAUGUGGAAAAAUAUUCAAUGCAUGGACAUCCUUUAUUCAACAUCAGAAAAUUCACAGAGGAGAGAAACCCUGUGAAUGUAAGGAAUGUGGAAAAGCUUUCAGUGCUCUCUCAUCUUAUAUUCAGUGUUGUAAAAUUCACUCUAGAAAAAAAGCUUAUGAAUGUAAUAAGUGUGGUAAAGCCUUUAUUGCACUUUCAUCUUUUAUUCAACAUUGUAAAGUUCUCACUGGAGAGAAACCCUAUGAGUGUAAUGAAUGUGGAAAAUCCUUUAGCCAGAGUUCUAACCUUACUAAACACCAGAGAAUUCACACUGGAGAGAAACCAUAUGAAUGUGAUGAAUGUGGUAAAGCUUUCAGUGACCGUUCAUCUUUUGUUCAUCAUCAUAAAAUUCACAAUGGAGACAAACCUUAUGAAUGUAACAAAUGUGGGAAAGCUUUUAGCAAAAACGGAACCCUUAUUCAGCACCAGAGAAUUCACACUGGAGAGAAACCCUAUGAGUGCAAUGACUGUGGAAAAACUUUUACCCAGAGCUCUAGUCUUAUUCAGCACCAUAAAACACAUACUGGAGAGAAACCUUACAAGUGUAAUGAAUGUGGGAAAGCUUUCAGUGCCCAUUCUUACUUUAUUCAGCAUAGCAGAAUUCAUACUGGAGAGAAAAUAUAUGAAUGUGAUGAAUGUAGAAAAGCUUUCAGUAUGCGUGCAUCUUUUUUUCAGCAUUGUAAAAUUCAUAGUGGGGAUAUACCCCAUCAGUGUAGUGAAUGUGGAAAAACCUUCAGCCAGAUCUGUAACCUUAUUGAUCAUCAGAGAAUUCACACUGGAGAGAAGCCCUUUGAAUGUAAUGAAUGUGGAAAGCCUUUUAGUCAGUGAUCUGGCCUUAUGCGACAUCAUAAAAUACACACUGGAGAAAAACAUUAUGAGUGCAAUGAAUGUGGAAAAUCCUUCAGUCAGAGCUUUAAUCUUAUUAAACAUCAGAGAAUUCACACUGGAGAGAAACCCUAUGAAUGUAAUGACUGUGGCAAAGCCUUCAGCGACCGCUCAUCUUUUAUUCAACAUCAUAAAAUUCACACUGGAGAGAAACCUUUUGUGUGCAAUGAAUGUGGUAAAGCCUUCCGUCAGAGCUCACAACUCAUUCAUCAUCAGAAAAUUCACACUGGAGAAAAACCCUAUGAAUGUAGUGAAUGUGGGAAAGCUUUUAUUUUAAGCUCUAACCUUAUUCAACACCAGAGAGUUCAUACUGGAGAGAAGCCCUAUGAGUGCAGUGAAUGUGGGAAAGCCUUCAGUCAACAUUCUAAUCUUAUUCAACAUCAGAAAAUCCACAAUGGAGACAAACCCUAUCAGUGUAAUGAAUGUGGAAAAGCCUUUAUUCUGAGUUCUAACCUUAUUCAGCACCUGAGAGUUCAUACUGGAGAGAAGCCUUAUGAGUGUAAUGAAUGUGGGAGAGCCUUUAGUCAGCGAUCCCAGCUUAUUCAGCACCAGAGAACGCAUACUGGAGAGAAACCCUAUGAGUGUAGUGAAUGUGGGAAAUCUUUCACUGUACAGUUAUCCCUUAUUCAACAUAAGAGAAUUCACACUGGAGAAAAACCCUAUGAAUGCAAUGAAUGUGGUAAAGCCUUCCGUCAGAGCUCUCACCUUAUUAAUCAUCAAAGAAUUCACACUGGAGAAACUCUGUGA